AUGCAGGCGCCGACGCACCCCGAGAUUGCGAAGCUGCUGACGCGCAAGCCGCGCGUGUGCAUCGUGGGCGGCGGCUGGAACGGUCUCUACGCCCUCAAGUGGUUCGUCGAGGAGGGACUCGACGACGUCGUGCUCUUCGAGCAGACCAACUCCAUCGGCGGCGUCUGGGUCUACACCGACAAGCCCGGCGGAUGCUUCAGGAACACCAGGGCGACGGCCUCCAAGUCGUACCUGCACGCCAGCGACUUCCCGAUGCCCGAGAGCUUCGGCCACUUCCCGACCCACACCGAAGUCCUCGACUUCCUCAAGGACUAUGCGAAGCACUUCGAGCUGUACCCAUACAUCAAGCUGCAGCACAAGGUCCACAAGGCGCGCAAGACCAAGGACGGCCAGCAGUGGAAGGUCGUGGUCAUGCCCAACCAAGAGGAGGAGCAGAACGCGGGCCUAUCUGGCGGCGCCGAGGCCGAGAAGGAGGUGCACCACUUCGACAUCCUGGUCUGCUGCUCGGGACAGCACCAGGUGCCGCGCGAGACCCACCUCGAGGAACCCUUCACUCACUUCACCGGCGAAAUGAUGCACAGUCACUGCUACAAGUACCCUACGAAGGCGAUGAAGGGCAAGACGGUGCUCAUCGUGGGCGGCGGCGAAAGCGCCAGCGACGUGGCCGAAGUGUGCGAGAAGGCCUCGCGCACCAUCCUCGCCAUCAGGUCGGGAACCUGGUUCCAGGACCGAACCGUCGGUGCGAACCAGCCGGCCGACAUGGUGUUCACCAAGCACCAGCGCCUGCUGGGAUUCUCCGACUUCCAGAGCUGGCUCGUCUGGAUCGGACGGUACGGGAUUAUUGAGAUGAUGUGGGGCAAGGGAGGCAGCGGCAUCAAGGAGUGGCAGCCGUCGUGCGCCUACUUCCACGGCUUCCUCAACAAGAGCCGCGACAUCGUCGACAAGGCCGCCCUCGGCAAGGUGGUGGCGCGUCGCGGGAUCGCCAAGAUCGAGGGCAAGCGCGUGUGGUUCACCAACGAGUCCAAGCCCGAGGACGUGGACCUGAUCAUCUUCGCCACGGGCUACCUCUCCAAUCUGCCCUUCCUCCUGCCGGCCCACAACUUCCGCUACAACGCCUACAAGCUGGUCUUCGAUCCAAACGACCCCACGCUGUGCUACAUUGGCAGCGCCAGGCCCAUGAUUGGUUCGAUUCCGGCGUUAGGCGAGCUGCAGGCGCGCUGGGCGACGAAGGUCUACACGGGCCAGGUGUCGCUGCCGUCCACGCCCGCCAUGCUGGCGCAGAUGGAGGCCGACAAGAUCAGGCACAAGCGGGUGUUCCCGGCCGAUGACCACCACCUGCCGCAGCUGGUCAACCACUGGGAGUACUCGGACGAGAUCGCCUCCUACUUUGGCGCCAAGCCCGACCUCGUGCGCUGGUUCUUCCGCAACCCCUUCAGCGCACCGUGGAGCGCGCACAUCUACCGGGUGGAGGAGGGAGGCAAGGUGCGCGAGGAGGCCAUCAAGAACAUCGAGCGCACGUGGCUGCCCAAUCACUACUCCUUCAACGCCUUCAACAAGGCCAUGCUCGCCUUCGACAUCUACGUUGCGCUCAACGUGUUCGGCCUCUUCUGCCUUCUCUACGUGUACCUUUUCCUCUGGUAG